AUGGCUGGCUCUAAUGGCACAGCUGAGGAUGUACCUUUCAUUUAUCAGCAAAUCUUUAAGGUAGAAAUGGAUGCUGGGCCCAGUGCUAAAAUUUCAGUGCUUAUGUUAAUUUCUCUGUUAUUAUUUUUCAUAAACUGUGUGAUGUUCUUUGCCCUGAGAAGCAAGCGUGUAUUCCAUGAGACGCCGCGCUACAUUCUUUUUGGCCACAUGCUAAUGAAUGACUCUGUGCUUUUGCUUCUCACAACUGUCAUGUACACUAUGGGUACGUAUUACCUUCAAUUAACCAGAGCCAUCUGCACGCUGUUAGUCUUUGUCUCCUACUGCACUUUCCGUAACGCUCCUCUGACACUAGCACUGAUGUCUCUGGAGAGGUACGUGGCGAUCUGCUUCCCUCUGAGACACUGCAACAUCGCCACACCAAAAAGGACUGGAGUCGCCAUAGGAAUCAUCUGGCUCCUUAGUUCUAUUAAUAUUAUAACAGACAUUAUUGUUGUGUUAAUUAUCAAUCCAGGUUUAUUUGUAGAGGUUUUAUUUUGCACACAAGAAAAACUGUUUUUAUUCAAAUGGCAGAUAGAUAAAUCUCAAGGGUUUGACGUUCUUUAUUUUGUGUCUGUUGCAGUGAUCAUUAUUUUCACAUACAUUAGCAUCAUGAUCACAGCCAGGUCUGUUUCGUCUGAUAAAGAUUCUGCUAAGAAAGCCCUUAAAACAGUGCUCUUGCACCUGAUUCAGCUGGGACUGUGUCUCACCUCUUUCCUGUAUGCCACAAUAAACAAAGCACUAUACACAGUUUCUGACAGCUCUUCACUCUUCAUAAAUCUUAGAUAUCUGAACUUUCUUAUUAUUCUUAUGCUGCCACGCUGUCUGAGUCCUCUGAUCUAUGGCAUGAGAGAUGAAGCCGUGUGGCCUUUAUUCAAAUAUUAUUUCUGCUAUCGUUCAGGCAAAGUAAGGCCUUCUAUUAAUGUACAUUAA